AAAACUCACGAUCUUGAUCGGCAUCAUCGAUCGGCGAUGGGUUCAUGCAUUUCGAGCACGGCGAUGGAGCCAUCGUCUCCGGCGACAACCACCGUGAAGGUGGUGUUCCCCGAUGGAGCGUUGCGAGAGUUCGAGUGGCCGGUGAUGGCUUCGCAGGCAUUGGGGAAAGAUCAUUCGCGUAAUUACUUCGUCUGCGAUGCUGAUGAGAUGGAGAUCGAUGGGUAUGUUUCGGCGGUGGAUGGCGAUGAGGAGCUCCGGCGAGGGCAGCUGUAUUUCGUGCUCCCGAGAUCGAUGCUGAAGAGUCCGAUCCAUGGGGAGGAGAUGGCGGCGCUGGCGGCGAGGGCGAGCAAGGCGUUGAUUGGGGGGAGGAGGCGGCGGGGGAGAGGAGUGGUAGCGCCGGUGGAGUUCGAGAUUGGAUCGGCGCCGGAGAAGAAGAGGGUUUUGAAGAAGGGGAGUGGCAGAGGUCGUAAAUUUUCCGCAAGGUUGAGUGCUAUUCCCGAGUGAUUUAUUUGAAUUUCAAAAAUAUAUAUAUAUAUAUAAAGAGAGAGAGGGAGAGGAGAAUCAGAGCCGUUUGAUGAAGAUGGGAUGAUCUGGGCCGUUGAUGGAGGAGUGGGAUGGGAUUGGGAUGAUAGAUGAAUCGGAGCCGUUUGAUUUGAUUUGGAUGGUUGGGAUUUUGAUGAUGUGAAUAUUUAGUUCUUGGGAGAGCAGCAGUUUUGUUGAUGUAAUUAAUAUUUUUCUAAAUUUUAGGGAUUUUUUUUUCUCUCUUAUUUUGAGGGGAAAAAAGUCUGAAUUAUUAAUUAUAAAAGGCACCCAUUUUUGUGGUUGUGAA